ACACACGGCACGGCAUCCAAAACACAUUGUUGAUAGUUACCGCUUGUUAAAAUUAACAGUUUCAUUAAAAUGAGUUCAAACACUGAUUGGGACGUCGACAAUUACAAAACUGACUAUGAAAGCGACGAACAUUGGGAAUUGAGACGAUUGUUUAUGGAAACACACAAAGACAAAUUCGAGGAAGACGAACUAGUUUGUUUGGCACAAGUCUUUACAAAUGUUGAAUUUAUGGGCUGCAAGUAUCCCGACAAGACAAUGAGAAAGGUCGCGCUUCUGUCCAAAGAGGUUGCUGAAGAUUUUCGAAAAAAGCGAGCGACAAAACUGAAACGAACCUUUGUCGGUGCGCAAGAUGCUGCCGGCAUUAAAGCGAAAGGAAGACGGACGAUCGAGGAGAAUAACACGCAGAAAUAUACAAAACCAAUUCAAUUCACACCGCAAACACCAUCAGCCGAUUCGACAUCUUCACCGGUAAAGCCAAUUUCUAUGGAAUCCAAACAAGAAAAUUUCGUUCCGAUUCAGUCAGCUGCGUGUUCAUCCACUAAUCAUCAAAAUCAGCCGAAAAAGUCGAAAUCGGAAAAGCGGCGUCGAAACGAUCAGCUGUCGGGAUUUUGCAGAAACUCACUUCGCCCGAACAAAUAUGGAAAUUUCAUCAUCAUGGAAAUGGGUGCCGAUACAAAUGCAUUUCAAAUAUUACAGACCAGUGCCGCCAAGCAGAAAGCACUGAUUAAUGUCACCUAUUCUAUGAUAGGGAACGAAACAGAGUGUUCCGUUGACGUCAACCACAAGACGGUUGCUAAAGCUAUAUCAGCGAAUAAAAAAGACGCAAGGACACUUGCCAGUGAUGCAGCACUCGAGCAACUGCGGAACGAAUGUUACACUCUGAAGAAAAAGCCCGAAGUGAAGAGCACCAAAAUUGAAACCACAAUGGGAAAGUCCGACAACCGAAAAGCCGAUUGUUCGACCGCCACAUCCGAUCAAUACACCAGCAAUCAACUGAACGAAAACAACAAAGGAUUCAAAAUGAUGAAAUUGUUGGGCUGGAGUGGUGGAGCACUGAGUGCCGGUGGUAUCGAGACGCCGAUCGGCGUUCAGUUGAAAGUGGAUCGCUUGGGACUGGGAUUGACUAACGAUACAAAUCACAAUCUGAAUCGGCGAUAUUUCUCGGAAUAUUUGCAAAAGUACAACAUGGAUGCGGACAACAUACAUGAAUUGAUAUUUUCGAAAGACUUUACCAAAGAGGAACGGGCUACACUGCACACGAUAGCAGCAAAGCAAGGACUGAAAUCGAACAGCAAAAAUACAGCCGACGGCGACCGCUAUUUGAUAAUAUCGAAAAAAAUUCCAUUGGAAAUUUUAGCCACUAAUGUCUUGAACGGUGGCAUUUACACAGAGAUGUAUGAUCUGAUUCAUCCUACCGAUCAGUAGGCAGUAGGGGUGUGUUGAAUUCUUAUGUAAAAUACAAUAAAACAAAUGUUAUUCUCCAGCGAUCGAA